AUGCGAGUCUUGGGGCUGCUGCUUCUGUUGACCCUGCAGUCGGCAGCGACGGCCACGAACUCGGCGGCGAUUGACUGCGUGACCAAUCAGGACUGCAGCGAUGGCGAGACGUGCGUGGCGGGCGACUCGGCGACACCUGUCCAGUCGUGCGUGGCAGGCGCCGUGUGCGGCGGUUCGACGUCUGGAAACUGUCCUGGCAACGCUGAGAGUGGGCAAUUGGCCUGCCUGUUGCAUGAGGGCAUUUACAAGUGCUUGUCCAUUGAUCGAUGCGACGAGUACUUUGGGGGCUCUGUAUGCAGUGCCGGUUGCAAGGUGAAUGGAGAGCAGUGCAGUGGACACGGAUCGUGCAGUUUGCUGUCAAUGACUUCGGAUGCGACGCCGCAUUUUGGCUGCACGUGUCUAGACGGCUAUAGCGGCGACAAGUGCGAGUCUGGAUGGAGUGAAGGCUCGAGCGCGACGUCAGGCUCGAUUUCCCGGGAUUCUAGCGGCGCUAGCAGCACGUCGGGUUCUUUUUCCAAGGGAUCUGGCAGCUCCAUCAGCACGUCUGACUCUUUUUCCAGGGAUUCUAGCGGCUCUAUCAGCACGUCUGACUCUUUUUCCAGGGAUUCUAGCAAUUCUGCCAGCGCGUCUGACUCUUUUUUGAAGGAUUCGAGCUCGUCGAUGAGCUCCUCUGCCAGCACGUCUGCGAGUACCUCCAGCGCUGGCAGUAUGGCAAACUUGACAUCAGGUUCGAUGAGUGGCGAAUCAUCCAGUCAUUCGUCGUCUGCAACCGGCUCACAAAAGGAUCCUUUGUUGCCGCGGACUGCUGUAUCGGCUGAAGACACUGGCGAGAAGGCGACACCACAUUCGGCCAACAGCGGAUCGACAGCGUCCGAAACGGAUUCAGGUGGCACAAGUUCUGCGGUGUUUAUCAUUAUCGGCAUACUAGCGGCCUGUACGAUUGUCGGGGCGCUCAUGUUCGCUUUGUUUUCACGAAAGAAGAAACGGGAACAAGAAGCAGAAGCUGGUGGCUUUGGGGCGUCUGCUGCAAGCAACGGAACACCAGCAGCUUUGACUAGCUCAGGGGCCGAUACACCAAAGGGCAAUAUUGUUGUCAUGUAG